GCGAGAUUUCCUUCUUAACGUUCCCGGGAAACUAGCUGAGACGUUAUCAGCGCUGGGCCAAAAUGCCGUCGAUUGAAUACGACGACUCAAAGCCAAGCUGGGCCGACCAGGUUGAAGAAGAAGGAGAUGAAGGCACACUUCCGUCGCCCAAAGAGACAGUCAAAGGCAAUAUCAAGACUGUUACAGAGUACAAGAUAGAUGAGGAUGGCAAAAAGGUCAAGAUUGUCCGGACCUUUAAAAUUGAGACAAGGAAAGCCUCCAAAGCUGUUGCUAGGAGAAAGAAUUGGAAAAAAUUUGGAAAUUCUGAAUUUGACGCUCCAGGGCCCAAUGUUGCCACUACCACUGUCAGUGAUGAUGUCUACAUGACCUUCAUUUCCAGCAAGGAGGACUUAAAUUCUCAAGACCAAGAUGAAGAUCCCAUGAACAAGCUAAAAGGCCAAAAGAUCGUGUCCUGCCGUAUUUGUAAAGGGGAUCACUGGACCACCCGCUGUCCUUAUAAAGACACACUGGGUCCCAUGCAGAAAGAGCUGGCUGAACAGCUGGGUCUGUCAACAGGGGAGAAGGAGAAGGCUGCAGAGCCUGAGCCUGCUCAGCCAGUGCAGAGCAAGACCGGGAAGUACGUUCCCCCUAGCUUGCGGGAUGGAGGCACGCGCAGAGGAGAGUCAAUGCAGCCAAACCGCAGAGCUGAUGACAAUGCUACAAUCCGUGUGACCAACCUGUCUGAGGACACAAGGGAGACGGAUCUGCAGGAGCUCUUCAGACCAUUCGGCUCCAUCUCUAGGAUCUACCUGGCCAAGGAUAAGAAUACAGGCCAGUCUAAAGGUUUUGCCUUUAUUAGCUUCCACCGGCGUGAGGAUGCAGCCAGAGCCAUCGCAGGAGUGUCGGGCUUCGGUUAUGAUCAUCUUAUCCUUAAUGUGGAAUGGGCCAAACCAUCUAACAACUGAGGGCGGUGUGCAUCGUUUAUAUUCCAAAGGACAAAUGAACAUUGUUCUAUUAGUUGAAUAAAUAAAUGUAAUGAGUAA